AUGGUGGCCGGCGGCGGCGCGUCCGUCAUCUACGCGGACACCAUCGUGGACCUGGGCGGGCCCGACGUGCUGGCCAACUACGGCGAGUAUAGCGGCGCGCCCAACGAGCAGCAGACGUACGACUACGCGCGCACCAUCCUCAAGCUCAUGACGCGCAAGCCGCACAAGGACGGAAAGGUAUGCGACCGUGACAGCCAGCCGGCAAAGACAGGCAAAGCAGAGGACAAAAAGGAGACAAAGAAAGAGAAGGAGAAGAUUUCGGCAGACCCGUGCGCCGACGCUACGAAGACUUCGGGGAAAGCUGAAAAAAAGGAUAACAAGCAGGUAGACCCGUGCGCAGACGCUACGAAGUCUUUGGAGAAAGAUGACAAAAAGGAUAAGAAGAAGGUAGACCCGUGCGCAGACGCUACAAAGGAAGGAAGAAGGGAUAAGAAGAAGGAGGUUCCGGGAGACGCGUGUGCGGACGCUACAAAGCCUUUGAAGAAGGAAGAGAAACCGGAGGAGAAGAAGAAGGAUGAGAAGGAGAAGAAGGAGGAUAAGAAAAAGGAGCCUGUGAAGGCGUGCAAAGAAGAGAAAAAAGAGCCCAAAAAGGUGAACCCGCCGCCUUCUGGGAAGCAAGCUGCGGCAUCCCCCAAACAAGGGGCCCCGCUCUUCUCAGCCAACACCAAGGCCAUCGGCAUGAUGGACUUCGACUUCGUAUGUUGUCGGAAAGAGCCAUCUGUUGCUUGCGUCAUCAAUCCAUUUGGAGGAAGUGGCAAAAGGAAAUUCUAUUGGGGUGGGAAAGAGAUUAUGAUACCUGUUUUCAAGAAAUUAGAAGACGCAAUUAAAAACCAUCCGGACGCUGAUGUGAUGGUUAACUUCACCUCCUUUCGAUCAGCUUAUGAUUCCACUAUUGAAACAAUGAAAUAUCCGCAGAUCCGCACGAUCGCCAUCAUCGCAGAGGGCAUCCCGGAGAACCUGACGCGCCGCCUCAUCGUGGAGGCGGAGCGCAGGGGCGUCGCCAUCGUAGGGCCGGCCACGGUGAAGAUGCUGGUGCUGCUGGGGGAGGUGGGCGGCGAGGAGGAAUACGAGGUGUGCAAGGCCAUCCAAGACGGACGCAUCCAGAAACCCCUCAUCGCCUGGUGCAUCGGCACCUGCGCCAGUAGGCAACUACAGGUUCUAGGCUACUAG